CCAGAGCCCUUUCGAAAUCUUAUUCUCCGAUGCCUCCUCGCCGUCGCUGGUUCUUGGCCUACGUUUGGUGGCUGCCACUGAUGAUGGCCGCGGCCGAGGACCAGAAGGGCGGUAGCUGCUCGGCCAAGAGGUGCGGCAACCACACCAUCUCCCGCCCAUUCUGGCUCGUUGACGACAAGACGGGAAGAUCAUGUGGUCCAUUGGAUUUUGCGGUCACUUGCCAUAGCAACCGCACUCCAGUUCUCUGGAGCUUUGGGGAUGACGGUUUUGAAAUAACCCGCAUCUCCUACGAGGAACGGAGUUUGCGCGUCGUCGAUCUAUACAAGAGGAAUCACUUGCACAACAACACCAACAGCUGCCAUGUCCCGAGCUGGAACGCCUCCGACCAACUGGGCCGCCUGUUUAGGGUGGACCCAGUAAACCUGAACCUCGUCCUGUACAAUUGCACCAAGGUGGCGGCGGCGGUGGCACGUCGGGAGAGUGCGCUGGUGCAGAUAAGAUGUGGCAACAAGAGCAACGCAUUUGUCCGCGCAGGAGGGCGUUAUGAUGCCACCGACGACUAUGACAGAUACCAUAUGGAGGGCUGCGAAGCCACCGUCGUGCCGGUGCUGGGCGUUCAUGGCAUGGCGAACGCGAGCGACUACGAGCAGCUCAUCAGUGGUGGAUUCCUCCUCACAUGGCAGACUGGGAACAAUAAAGCAGCAAGAUUGAAGACUAUAGCUCGAGCAUUAGGCGGUGUCGGUGCUGUAUUAUUCUUGGUCGUGGCAUGUCUCGUCUAUUUUGUUUGGUACAAACACAAGAAGAGGAAACAAGCUAUAGCUUCAAAUGAGUUCAUGCGAAGUGGAUCUUCAAUGACGUCAUACAGUAAAGACCUCGAGUUGGAUGGUUCUCCUCAUAUAUUCACUUUCGAGGAACUUGAAGUAGCUACUGAUGGAUUUAGUGCUUCAAGGGAGCUUGGUGAUGGUGGUUUUGGAACUGUCUACAAAGGAAAACUCAAGGAUGGGAGAGUAGUUGCAGUGAAACGCCUUUACAAGAACAACUACAGACGGGUUGAGCAAUUUCUGAAUGAGGUUGACAUCCUGUCCCGCCUGCUCCACCAGAACCUUGUCAUCCUAUAUGGUUGCACGUCGCGCAUGAGCCGUGACCUUCUCCUGGUGUACGAGUUCAUCGCGAACGGGACGGUCGCAGACCAUCUUCACGGAUCUCGCUCAGCGGAACGAGGCCUCACAUGGCCUCUAAGGCUAAACAUUGCUAUAGAAACGGCUGAAGCACUGGCCUACCUCCAUGCCGUCGAGAUCAUACACCGGGAUGUGAAGACAACAAACAUAUUACUUGACAACAGCUUCCAUGUUAAAGUUGCAGACUUUGGGUUGUCGCGGCUGUUCCCUCUUGAGGUCACCCAUGUCUCGACCGUUCCACAGGGCACACCGGGCUACGUCGACCCGGUGUACCACCAGUGCUACAAGCUGACCGACAAGAGCGAUGUCUACAGCUUUGGCGUCGUGUUGGUGGAGCUGAUAUCAUCGAAACCUGCUGUGGACAUGAGCAGGAGCCACAGUGAGAUCAACCUGGCCAACAUGGCCCUCAACAGGAUUCAGAACCAUGAAGUUGUUCAGCUGGUUGAUCCGGAGCUCGGCUACGACACCGACCCCGAAACAAAGAGGACGAUCGAUCGCGUCGCCGAGGUGGCCUUCCAAUGCCUGCAGAUGGAUAGGGAUCUGAGGCCGUCGAUCAAGGAGGUGGUGGAGAUCCUGACUUGCGUCAGAAACAGAGACUGUCACGUUAAGAGCAUGAAGAAGCAGGCGUCUCAGAAAGAGGAUGCGGACUUUCUCACGGAUGGCCUGCAGUUUUCGCCUGAUACGGUCAUCCAUAGAUUCCAUAGCCAGUCAACUAAUCACUCCGGGGCGUCAGAUGCUAGCGGAUUAUCUAACAUGAAAUGCUGAAAACAAUGCCGGCGAGGCCCGUUUUGGCACUCUUUGACAAUGACAAAACAAAAUUUUGCUUUGGUACACACCCCCUAAAUUCUUAUAUAGAUUUUGAUGCAAAUUAAUGGUUGAGAUUA